AUGUUCAAUAAGCACUAUGCUUUCUUUUUGCUGCUGACGUUCCAGGGCAAACCCGAAAGACAAAGGCAGGAUGGAACUGCGAACUACGUUCUCCAACCCAGCCGAAUCCCCUGCCCGAAAGGACCUGUGCCUUUUGGUGCUGGACGGGGAGGCGUCCGUGGCCUGUCAAUGCUGCUCAUCCUCAAACGUUUGAUGGAAGGCAUUGACCCGCUGAACCCUCCAAAGCCAUGCGACUACUUCGACAUGAUUGGCGGCACCUCGACUGGCGGGUUAAUUGCUCUGAUGCUCGGCCGAAUGCAAUUGAGCGUCGACGAGUGUCUCGAGGCGUACUCAGCCCUGGCACCCAGGAUUUUCACUCACGUUCGACACCGGAUCAAGCUCGCAACAGGAGAGACCCAGGGGAGGUUUGAUCAUGAAGCGAUGGAGCAGGGUAUCAAGGAUGUUCUCGUCCAGCACCAAAUGGAUCCGGAGGCUCUAUUCAAGUCGCCAGUCGCAGAGGACUGCAAAACGCUUACGAUGGCUCGCGCGGAUGUCAGUUUCGUAUGUGCGACGAGCCAGUCCACCGGUGAAACAGUUGUGCUGUCGAGUUACUACAAUGAGCGACGAGGGUCGGACUUGUUAAACACAGCCAAGAUCUGGGAGGUGGCGCGCGCCACAUCCGCUGCAACAACCUUCUUCGACCCGAUAACCAUCAGCGAUGAGGCCUUUGUCGACGGAGCCACAGGGGCGAACAAUCCCAUCCAAGAGAUCUGGACGGAAGCCGCCGAUGUCUGGGGUCUACAGCUCGGGCAGUUGGAAGAGAACGUCAAAUGCUUGGUUUCCAUUGGUACCGGCAUCCCGUCCCUCAGCGCGUUUGGUCCUGGCUUGCGCGAAGUUGCCCAAGCACUGAAGAGCAUUGCGACGGAGACAGAGGCAACGGCGAGUACUUUUUGCAAGCACCACACGGGGCUUUUCCAGUCGGGAAAGGCGUUUCGCUUCAACGUGGUGCGCGGUCUCGAAACUAUUGGGCUGGAAGAAACAUCAAAAUGGGGGAAUAUCAAGGCAGCCACAAGAAAUUACGUGCAGAAAGAGGAGGUUCGUGUGGAGAUCAAGAAGUGUGCGGCGAAUUUGCAGGAGCGUGAAUGUCUGUCAUUCGCCUGA